UUUGUCGCUGAAGCUCUUUGUUGAUUUCCUCUCUUCUCUCUAAUAAGGUAAAAGAGUCUUUGAUUGGUUUGGUGGUUGUGUAGCAUCUCUACAUCUCUACAGGCAGCUGUGAGGAGCUUUCAGUCUUGAGUUGAAGAGCUGAAGAAGAUGAAGAGCUGUCUAACAUUCAUUCUUCUGUCCUCUAUAGUUACAGUCUCCACAGCUGACAUAGUAAGGCUGGCUGGUGGCAGUAAUUCUUGUGCUGGUAGACUGGAGGUUUAUUAUAAAGGAGAAUGGGGAACAGUGUGUUUUGAUUAUUGGGAUAUGACAGCCGCAUCAGUGUUGUGUAUGCAGUUGGGCUGUGACAGUAAUCCAGACACAAUACAUUAUGCUCACUUUGGACCGGGAUCAGGAAAAAUUUGGAAGGUUAACAUUGACUGUAGCGGAUCAGAAUCCACAGUACUGAAAUGCAAUAGAAUGGCAACUUAUGAUCCUAAUUGUAAUCACAAUGAAGAUAUCGGAGUUAUCUGCAGAGGACUUAAACUGGUUGGAGGUUCUCGCUGUUCUGGGAGAUUAGAGAUACCUCGAGGAAACAGCUGGAUGUCAGUGUGUGAUGCUGUGUUUGAUGAUCAGGAUGCAGAGGUUGUGUGUAGAGAGAUGAACUGUGGACCUCCUGUACACCUGCUGGGUGCAGAUACUUUUGGUAAAGGAGAGGAGCAGGUGUGGACACAAGAGAUUCAAUGUAGAGGAGAUGAAUAUCAGUUUAAUCUUUGUCCAACAUCACCUUCAACAAUCAACUGCUCCCAUGAAAAUGAUGUUGGCAUUGUAUGUGCUGACACACUGAGAUUAGUUGGUGGUAGCAGUCAUUGUUCUGGUAGAGUUGAGGUUCUUCAUGAUGGUGAAUGGGGAACAGUGAGUGAUGAUAGUUGGGAUCUGAGAGAUGCUGCAGUGGUGUGUAGAGAGCUGGACUGUGGAGAGGCUGUAGAUGCACCAACGCAAGCUCAUUUUGGAGAAGGGAAAGGGCCAAUCUGGAUUAAUAAUGUACACUGUACUGGACAAGAGUUUGACCUGAGACACUGCAGAAAAGAUAGAUGGCGGAAACAGGAUGGUAAACAUAUAAAUGAUGCUGGAGUCGUCUGCUCGGCAAUCAGGCUUGUUGGAGGUUCUCGCUGUUCUGGGAGAGUUGAGAUGCAUCAGCGAAACACCUGGAUGUCUGUGUGUGAUGCUGUGUUUGAUGAUCAGGAUGCAGAGGUUGUGUGUAGAGAGCUGAACUGUGGGGUUCCUGUACAGCUGCUGGGUGCAGAUACUUUUGGUAAAGGAGAGGGGCAGGUGUGGACACAAGAGAUUCAAUGUAGAGGAAAUGAAUCUUAUAUUCGAUCAUGUUCAUAUUCUUCACGUAAAGUAACCUGCUCUCAUGACAAUGAUGUGGGACUCAUAUGUUCUGGUUACUCUGACCUCAGACUGGUGAACGGCUCUGAUAUCUGCUCUGGUCGAGUUGAGCGUCAGUAUUUCAGUAAAUGGGGCUCAGUGUGUGAUGAGUGCAUGAAUAUGAGAGCUGCCAAUGUUCUCUGUAGAGAGCUGAAUUGUGGGAUUGCUGUGUCUGUUGUGGGAGUGGACUGGUUUGGAGAGGGAUCUGGUGAAAUCUGGGCUGAUGUGUUUGAUUGUCAGGGGAAUGAAACAAAACUCUCAGAAUGUUCAAUCUCUUCAUGGAGUCGAGCUGAAUCCUCUCAUAAACAAGAUGUUGGAGUCAUUUGUUCUAAUUCCUCUCUGUCUCUUCAUGAUGGUCGAGUGAGGUUGUCUGGAGAGAGAGAGUGUGAGGGUGAGGUGGAAGUUUACAUUCAUCAGGUUUGGAGGAGAGUUCUGCUGGACUCCUGGAGUCUCACUGAAUCCUCUGUGGUCUGCAGACAGCUGGGCUGUGGCUCUGUGCUGAAGUUCACUAACUCCUCUUCAUCCAGUGAUGAACACAGUUAUGAGUGUGUGAUGGGCUUCCAGUGCUCUGGGACUGAAGAUCAUCUGAGGAACUGCAGCUCUCCACAAACUCUCAACUGCAGCACAACACAACAGCUGGCAAUCACCUGCCAAAGUCAGAAGUCCAUCAGGUUGGUGGGUUCUGGUGGAGAUUGUGCAGGAAGGCUGGAGGUUUUUCACAAAGGCUCAUGGGGUACAGUGUGUGAUGACUUUUGGGAUAUUAAAGAUGCUCAUGUGGUGUGCAGACAGCUGCAGUGUGGAGUGGCUCUCAGUAAUCAGCCAGUACCAGCCUGGUUUGGUCCUGGUUCUGGACCCAUAUGGCUGGAUGAUGUGAACUGUGAGGGGAAUGAGACGUCACUGUGGAGCUGCUCUUCACGGGUCUGGGGAGAUCAUGACUGUAAACACAAGGAGGAUGUAGGAGUCGUGUGCUCAGAGUUUAAAGAGUUCAGGUUAACUGAAGGCUGUGAAGGGAAUGUGGAGGUUUUCUACAAUGGAUUCUGGGGUAAUGUUUGCUGGAAUCAGAUGGAAAGUGACACAGCGAGUCUGAUCUGUCAAGAGCUGAACUGUGGAAGAUCUGCCAGUGAACCCAAUUAUUCAGAUGGAUUGAGGUCUCAUAAUUGGUUGGAUAAACUUAAAUGUCGACCACAUGACUCCACUAUAUGGCAGUGUCCAUCUGCACCCUGGAGACAGAAUGAUUGUGGUCCAAAUAAGGUUGUUAAAAUCACCUGUUCAGGUAAGAGAGUACUUUCUUUUUUAGAUGUAGAUUGAUAUUUCUGAAAAAAAAACCUGAACCAGAUUAAUGGACAAUGUUCAAAUCAUCUUCCUCUCAGACUGAGUGGAGGGAAGGGUUUGUGUUCGGGGAGACUGGAGGUUUAUCAUAACUCUGUGUGGGGUUCAGUCUGUGAUGAUCUGUGGGACAUCAGAGAUGCUCAGGUGGUCUGCAGGCAGCUGGGUUGUGGAGCAGCAUUGAGUGUUGAUGGGAAUGAAGCGUUUGGUGCUGGUGAAGGUGUUGUGUGGAUGAACAGAGUCGAGUGCAGAGGGACUGAGAUUCACCUGUGGGACUGUCCUCAUGUCCUGAAAAAUCACACUGACUGCUCACACAAAGAACAAGUUAGACUCAUCUAUUUGAAUGUGAGGUUGGUGAAUGGUGGCAGUCGUUGUUCUGGUAGAGUUGAGGUUCUUAAAGGUCGUCAAUGGGGAACAGUGUGUCAUCAUGGGUGGGAUCUGACAGAUGCUGCAGUGGUGUGUAGAGAGGUGAACUGUGGAGAGGCUUUACAGGCUCCAUAUUAUGCUUACUUUGGAGAAGGAUCAGGACCAAUCACAAUGGCUGAUGUGGAGUGUAGUGGAUCAGAGUCCUCACUGAAGAACUGUAGAUCAGACGACUGGUAUAUUCAGCUCUGUUCUCAUUCUGAUGAUGCUGGUGUGAUCUGCUCAGGUGAGUUUGCAAGACUUGUGAAUGGACCUCAUCAGUGUUCUGGGAGAGUCGAGCUGCUUCGUGGGAACACCUGGAUGUCAGUGUGUGAUGCUGUGUUUGAUGAUCAGGAUGCAGAGGUUGUGUGUAGAGAGCUGAACUGUGGGGUUCCUGUACAGCUGCUGGGUGCAGAUACUUUUGGUAAAGGAGAGGGGCAGGUGUGGACACAAGAGAUUCAAUGUAGAGGAGAUGAAUCACUCAGUCGAUUAUGUUCAUAUACUUCACAUAAAGUAACCUGCUCUCAUGACAAUGAUGUGGGACUCACAUGUUCUGGUUACUUUGACCACAGACUGGUGAACGGUCCUGAUAUCUGCUCUGGUCGAGUUGAAGUUCGGCACCUUAAUGAGUCGAGGACAGUUUGUGAUGCAUGCUGGGAUAUGAGAGCUGCCAAUGUUCUCUGUAGAGAGCUGAAUUGUGGGAUUGCUGUGUCUGUUGUGGGAGUGGACUGGUUUGGAGAGGGAUCUGGUGAAAUCUGGGCUGAUGUGUUUGAUUGUCAGGGGAAUGAAACAAAACUCUCAGAAUGUUCAAUCUCUUCAUGGAGUCGAGCUGAAUCCUCUCAUAAACAAGAUGUUGGAGUCAUUUGUUCUAAUUCCUCUCUGUCUCUUCAUGAUGGUCGAGUGAGGUUGUCUGGAGAGAGAGAGUGUGAGGGUGAGGUGGAAGUUUACAUUCAUCAGGUUUGGAGGAGAGUUCUGCUGGACUCCUGGAGUCUCACUGAAUCCUCUGUGGUCUGCAGACAGCUGGGCUGUGGCUCUGUGCUGAACUUCACUAACUCCUCUUCAUCCAGUGAUGAACACAGUUAUGAGUGUGUGAUGGGCUUCCAGUGCUCUGGGACUGAAGAUCAUCUGAGGAACUGCAGCUCUCCACAAACUCUCUACUGCAGCGCAACACAACAGCUGUCAAUCACCUGCCAAAGUGAGGAUAACUGCACAGAUUCAUCAUUUCGGUCCAUCAGGUUGGUGGGUUCUGGUGGAGAUUGUGCAGGAAGGCUGGAGGUUUUUCACAAAGGCUCAUGGGGUACACUGUGUGAUGACUUCUGGGAUAUUAAAGAUGCUCAUGUGGUGUGCAGACAGCUGCAGUGUGGAGUUGCUCUCAGUAAUCAGCCAGUACCAGCCUGGUUUGGUCCUGGUUCUGGACCCAUAUGGCUGGAUGAUGUGAACUGUGAGGGGAAUGAGACGUCACUGUGGAGCUGCUCUUCACGGGUCUGGGGAGAUCAUGACUGUAAACACAAGGAGGAUGUAGGAGUCGUGUGCUCAGAGUUUAAAGAGUUCAGGUUAACUGAAGGCUGUGAAGGGAAUGUGGAGGUUUUCUACAAUGGAUUCUGGGGUAAUGUUUGCUGGAAUCAGAUGGAAAGUGACACAGCGAGUCUGAUCUGUCAAGAGCUGAACUGUGGAAGAUCUGCCAGUGAACCCAAUUAUUCAGAUGGAUUGAGGUCUCAGAAUUGGUUGGAUAACUUUAAAUGUCGAUCACAUGACUUCACUUUAUGGCAGUGUCCAUCUUCACCUUGGGGACAGAAUGAUUGUGGUCCAAAUAAGGUUGUUAAAAUCACCUGUUCAGAUCAUCUUCCUCUCAGACUGAGUGGAGGGAAGGGUUUGUGUUCGGGGAGACUGGAGGUUUAUCAUAACUCUGUGUGGGGUUCAGUCUGUGAUGAUCUGUGGGACAUCAGAGAUGCUCAGGUGGUCUGCAGGCAGCUGGGUUGUGGAGCAGCAUUGAGUGUUGAUGGGAAUGAAGCGUUUGGUGCUGGUGAAGGUGUUGUGUGGAUGAACAGAGUCGAGUGCAGAGGGACUGAGAUUCACCUGUGGGACUGUCCUCAUGUCCUGAAAAAUCACACUGACUGCUCACACAAAGAACAAGUUAGACUCAUCUGUGCAGGUGAGAGGACAACACUGAGAACAACAACAUCAGUUUCUCCUUCAGUUUCUCAGACAAACAGGAGAUCAGUGACUCCUCCACAAACUCCUCCUCUCUUCAAUCCUCCAGUGGUUGUGAUUGUACUGGGAGUUUUGCUCUUACUGCUCUUAGUGCCGCUGCUGAUACUGAUUCAACACAACAGAGAGAUGAGGAGAGCUCUCUCUAAGAGGAGACACAGGACUCAGACUGAAGCAGUUUAUGAAGAGAUUGAUCACAGACACACAAACACACACAAACACUUCACUCAGAGAGUCCUGUUAAACCUCCGGCUUCAAACCACACAAUUCCUCCACAAAGCUGCAGUGAGUCUCAUCUCUGAAGAACAGCAUUCUGGAUAUGAAGAUGCUGAUGAGCUUCUCUCAGCAAAAGACUACAAGAUUGAAUAUUAUGAUGAUGUCUCUAAUGGCAGUGACCUGAAAGAAGAGAUGGUGAAAAAAGUCCCAGCAGAAUACUAUGAUGAUGUCAUCACUGAUGGACUAAAAGCAGACAGUGAGACAGAAGACACACUUGAGAAGUAUGAUGAUGUCAUCACCGCAGGACAAAACUCUGAUCUUCAAAAAGAGAGUUAUGAUGAUGUCAUCAUCAAUGGACAGAACUUUCAAGGUGUAAUAGAGAGAGUUCAGGAGGAGUAUGAUGAUGUGAAGAAUGACAGUGAAGAUGUGACAAACCUGUUAGAACGGCAUGGAACAGAACCUCCAAAUGUAACCAUUGAUCAGAUGAUGGAAAAUCUGAAUGCAUAUUUGGACAAAAGACUGGAGAUAAGGACAUGCCAUGAUGACAUCUGUAGGAAAUACAGUAUCAAGCACUCAGAGAGUGGACAGUGGGCUUUGCCAGACAUCAAAAGGGCUUAUGGAAAGAUACAGCGCUUAAGGACAAACACCAGGAAAGAUGGAUGGUCUGUGAUUUUGCUCAAACAAAUUCAACAGCACCUGCAGAAGUGUGAGAUGGACAAACUACAAUGUGAGAUUGAAGCCGAGAAGGCUAAGGUUCGAGCAUUAGCUGAACAACUGGAAAAUGAAAAGAAAGAUAAAGAACGUCUGUUAAACCAGAUUGAGAAGUUGCUGAAUUUGAUUAGCAAACAAAUUGAAUCAAAAGACUGUUUUAUAACACAGGCAUCAACUAAAGAAACUAGCAGCUGCAACAAGCAAGUAACUGAACAACAAGUUACUGAAAAUCAACAACGAAUGGCUCUGCUGAGAGAGCUACCACAUGAUCACUGUGAAAGCAGUGAUUUAGAUAGAGAGACUAAAUCAUCUAUUCACACCUAUGUCCCAAAGAGCAGAUCUAUGGUCAGACUCGCUCCUGUUAUUGUCAAAAACAGAAGGACUGAAAUUGAAGUUGACAAUGAGGAGGAAUAUGAGGAGAAUGGAGAGAGACAAACUCGCACUGUGACAAAAAUGGUGAAGACAUAUGUUCCACAUAGAACAUACCAGCCAGCAACACCAGAGCAGAUUGACAAAUGGUCAAGGGAACUGCCUGAUGUAUACAAACAUCCACGGAAGGUUUGGCAAGUUCUACAAAGACUGCACAAAAUCUACACACUACAUACAUUAGAUGGAGUAGUCAUUAUCAAUGUCAAUUUGAGGGACAGUGACCAAAGCAGGCUAACUGAAAGUGUCAGCAUCAAAGUUGGUGAGUCUCAAGAGAACAUUGAAGCUGGAUGGGAAGCCGUAAAGACAUUCUUAUUUGAAUUAAAACCUGCAGAGAUUAAUUGGAGUAAAAUUACAUCUUGCAUGCAGAAGACAGGGGAAAGUGUCACAGAGUUUGAAGAUCGCUUCAAACAAACCUGGCUAGAACAUGCUGGUUUGAAUGACAGUGAGGAGUUUGACAAGGACACUGGUAUGCCUUUAAAAACUGCAUUUGUUAAUGGACUGAAACCAGAGAUCUCUAAAGCUCUGAAAAUUCGUUAUGAUGACUGGGACAGCAUUGGGGUUGCUUUUAAUCAGCUGGUUGAAUGGUCAACAAAGAUUGAAAGAACACAAGAUGUCCAGCUGAGAGCCUUACAAACAAAACCUGUGAAGAGCAACAAGAGAGUGGAACAUCACAAACACACAAGUGCAAACACCAAACAUGGAAGAUGCAGGUAUUGCAACAAGGAAGGACACUGGAUUCGGGAUUGCAGCCUGAAAUUAAGAGGCAAAAAUGUUGAUGAGGACCACCUGGAUAGAAGAUUUCAGCAGCUGACAGUGUUCCGGUGUUUCAGUGUUCCUGAGAAUAAGCAAAGACCUCCUAUGUUUGACACCUUUACCAAGCAGAAACCUGGGAAGAUCCACAGAGCACAUCCACAUUCGCCAUUUCCACAUCUCCACAACGACAGAAGCACGAGUGCAGUAUCGGAGGUCUAUGAGUUUGACCAUGUAGUCAAACAGUUCUGGCUGUUCAGGAGUCUGAUGGACUGCGGAAAGAAACUGUCUCUCAGUCGGCUCGUACAGGACCAGAUGCUGCGGAGACGUCUGCCUGAGGGCAGCAGAUCCGCAGUGAUGCAGCCGGUCAAGAUGCUCUUCACAGUGCAGGUGUUGAAUAAUCUGUGGAUGUCUGAUCUCAUCUCAAACUUCCUCAGCCACCUCAGGAAUAAGAGGCAUUGGUGUGCCUUCAUCUCGCUGCAUCUGUUAAUGAUCAUUACUGCUGAUUUGAAUGUAAGGUUGGUGAAUGGUGGCAGUCGUUGUGCUGGUAGAGUUAAGGUUCUUAAAGAUCGUCAUUGGGGAACAGUGUGUGGUCGUUGGGAUUGGGAUCUGACAGAUGCUGCAGUGGUGUGUAGAGAGGUGGGCUGUGGAGAGGCUUUACAGGCUACAUAUGAUGCUUACUUUGGACGAGGAUCAGGACCAAUCACAAUGGCUCUUGUGAGCUGUAGUGGAUCAGAGUCCUCACUGAAGAACUGUGAAUCAGACGACUCGGUUAUUCAGUACUGUUCUCAUUCUCGUGAUGCUGGUGUGAUCUGCUCAGGUGAGCUACUUGUUAAUGGACCUCAUCUGUGUUCUGGAAGAGUCGAGAUGUAUUUUGGAGGAAGAUGGAGCACAGUGUGUGAUGCUGUGUUUGAUGAUCAGGAUGCAGAGGUUGUGUGUAGAGAGAUGAACUGUGGGGUUCCUGUACAGCUGCUGGGUGCAGAUACUUUUGGUAAAGGAGAGGGGCAGGUGUGGAGACAAGAGAUUCAAUGUAAAGGAGAUGAAUCACACAGUCGAUUAUGUUCAUAUUCUUCACGUAAAGUAACCUGUUCACAUGACAAUGAUGUGGGAGUCACAUGUUCUGGUUACUUUGACCACAGACUGGUGAACGGUCCUGAUAUCUGCUCUGGUCGAGUUGAAGUUCGACACCUUAAUGAGUCGAGAACAGUUUGUGAUGCAUGCUGGGAUAUGAGAGCUGCCAAUGUUCUCUGUAGAGAGCUGAAUUGUGGGAUUGCUGUGUCUGUUGUGGGAGUGGACUGGUUUGGAGAGGGAUCUGGUGAAAUCUGGGCUGAUGUGUUUGAUUGUCAGGGGAAUGAAACAAAACUCUCAGAAUGUUCAAUCUCUUCAUGGAGUCGAGCUGAAUCCUCUCAUAAACAAGAUGUUGGAGUCAUUUGUUCUAAUUCCUCUCUGUCUCUUCAUGAUGGUCGAGUGAGGUUGUCUGGAGAGAGAGAGUGUGAGGGUGAGGUGGAAGUUUACAUUCAUCAGGUUUGGAGGAGAGUUCUGCUGGACUCCUGGAGUCUCACUGAAUCCUCUGUGGUCUGCAGACAGCUGGGCUGUGGCUCUGUGCUGAACUUCACUAACUCCUCUUCAUCCAGUGAUGAACACAGUUAUGAGUGUGUGAUGGGCUUCCAGUGCUCUGGGACUGAAGAUCAUCUGAGGAACUGCAGCUCUCCACAAACUCUCAACUGCAGCGCAACACAACAGCUGUCAAUCACCUGUCUUGGUCAGAAUUAUAAUAUCUGUCAGAGGUCCAUCAGGUUGGUGGGUUCUGGUGGAGAUUGUGCAGGAAGGCUGGAGGUUUUUCACAAAGGCUCAUGGGGUACAGUGUGUGAUGACUUCUGGGAUAUUAAAGAUGCUCAUGUGGUGUGCAGACAGCUGCAGUGUGGAAUGGCUCUCAGUAAUCAGCCAGUACCAGCCUGGUUUGGUCCUGGUUCUGGACCCAUAUGGCUGGAUGAUGUGAACUGUGAGGGGAAUGAGACAUCACUGUGGAGCUGCUCUUCACGGGUCUGGGGAGAUCAUGACUGUAAACACAAGGAGGAUGUAGGAGUCGUGUGCUCAGAGUUUAAAGAGUUCAGGUUAACUGAAGGCUGUGAAGGGAAUGUGGAGGUUUUCUACAAUGGAUCUUGGGGUAAUGUUUGCUGGAAUCAAAUGGAAAGUGACACAGUGAGUCUGAUCUGUCAAGAGCUGAACUGUGGAAGAUCUGGCAGUCUGUCUUAUUCAACAUCAAGAGUGCCAUCAGCUCAUAACUGGUUGGAUAAUGUUAAAUGUCGACCACAUGACUCAAAUCUGUGGCAGUGCCCGACUUCACCCUGGGGACAGAAUUACUGUAGUCAAAAUGAAGUGGCUCAUAUCAUCUGCUCUGAAAAGAAAAAUGAAUCACCUAGAAGUCGUCUGUCAUGUUCUACCUCAGCGUCUCCUCACCAGAAACAAUGUUUAAAUCAUCUUCCUCUCAGACUGAGUGGAGGGAAGGGUUUGUGUUCGGGGAGACUGGAGGUUUAUCAUAACUCUGUGUGGGGUUCAGUCUGUGAUGAUCUGUGGGACAUCAGAGAUGCUCAGGUGGUCUGCAGGCAGCUGGGUUGUGGAGCAGCAUUGAGUGUUGAUGGGAAUGAAGCGUUUGGUGCUGGUGAAGGUGUUGUGUGGAUGAACAGAGUCGAGUGCAGAGGGACUGAGAUUCACCUGUGGGACUGUCCUCAUGUCCUGAAAAAUCACACUGACUGCUCACACAAAGAACAAGUUAGACUCAUCUGUGCAGGUGAGAGGACAACACUGAGUCCUGCAACAACAACAACAACAACAUCAGCUUCUCCUUCAGUUUCUCAGACAAACAGGAGAUCAGUGACUCCUCCACAAACUCCUCCUCUCUUCAAUCCUCCAGUGGUUGUGAUUGUACUGGGAGUUUUGCUCUUACUGCUCUUAGUGCCGCUGCUGAUACUGAUUCAACACAACAGAGAGAUGAGGAGAGCUCUCUCUAAGAGGAGACACAGGACUCAGACUGAAGCAGUUUAUGAAGAGAUUCAUCACAGACACACAAACACACACAAACACUUCACUCAGAGAGUCCUGUUAAACCUCCGGCUUCAAACCACACAAUUCCUCCACAGAGCUGCAGCGAGUCUCAUCUCUGAAGAACAGCAUUCUGGAUAUGAAGAUGCUGAUGAGCUUCUCUCAGCAAAAGACUACAAGAUUGAAUAUUAUGAUGAUGUCUCUAAUGGCAGUGACCUGAAAGAAGAGAUGGUGAAUAAAGUCCCAGCAGAAUACUAUGAUGAUGUCAUCACUGAUGGACUAAAAGCAGACAGUGAGACAGAAGACACACUUGAGAAGUAUGAUGAUGUCAUCACCACAGGACAAAACUCUGAUCUUCAAAAAGAGAGUUAUGAUGAUGUCAUCAUCAAUGGACAGAACUUUCAAGGUGUAAUAGAGAGAGUUCAGGAGGAGUAUGAUGAUGUGAAGAAUGACAGUGAAGAUGUGACAAACCUGUUAGAUUAUGAUGAUGUGGGGGAGGAGCCAAACAAAGUGGGAGGGACUGUGUGA